AGUGGCCAGAGAGGCCCAGGGGACAGCAGGACGGCAGACAUGCAGCCAGGGCUCUGGGACCUGGACAGGGGCUGCGCGGCCCUGUGACAGGAGGACCCCGAGCCCCCGGCCCGGGGAGGGGCCAUGGUGCUGCCUGUCCAACAUGUCAGCCGAGGUGCGGCUGAGGCGGCUCCAGCAGCUGGCGCUGGACCCCGGCUUCCUGGGGCUGGAGCCCCUGCUCGAUCUUCUCCUGGGCGUCCACCAGGAGCUGGGCGCCUCCGAGCUGGCCCAGGACAAGUACGUGGCCGACUUCUUGCAAUGGGCGGAACCCAUCACGGCGAGGCUUAAGGAGGUCCGACUGCGUAGGGAUGACUUCGAGAUUCUGAAAGUGAUCGGACGCGGAGCGUUCAGCGAGGUAGCGGUGGUGAAGAUGAAGCAGACGGGCCAGGUGUACGCCAUGAAGAUCAUGAAUAAGUGGGACAUGCUUAAGAGAAGCGAGGUGUCGUGCUUCCGAGAAGAGAGGGAUGUGUUGGUGAAUGGAGACCGGCGCUGGAUCACGCAGCUGCACUUCGCCUUCCAGGACGAGAACUACCUGUACCUGGUCAUGGAGUACUACGUGGGCGGGGACCUGCUGACGCUGCUCAGCAAGUUUGGGGAGCGGAUCCCGGCCGAGAUGGCGCGCUUCUACCUGGCGGAGAUCGUCAUGGCCAUAGACUCGGUGCACCGGCUGGGCUACGUGCACAGGGACAUCAAGCCCGACAACAUCCCGCUGGACCGCUGCGGCCACAUCCGCCUGGCUGACUUCGGCUCCUGCCUCAGGCUGCGGGCGGACGGAACGGUGCGGUCGCUGGUGGCUGUGGGCACGCCGGAUUACUUGUCCCCCGAGAUCCUGCAGGCCGUGGGCGGCGGGCCCGGGACAGGCAGCUAUGGGCCUGAGUGUGACUGGUGGGCGCUGGGGGUGUUUGCCUACGAAAUGUUCUAUGGGCAGACGCCCUUCUACGCGGAGUCCACGGCCGAGACCUACGGCAAGAUCGUCCACUACAAGGAGCACCUGUCUCUGCCACCGGCGGGCGCGGGGGUCCCUGAGGAGGCUCGAGACCUCAUCCAGAGGCUGCUGUGUCCUCCGGAGACACGGCUAGGCCGCAAUGGCGCAGGCGAUUUCCAGAAGCAUCCUUUCUUCCUUGGCCUCGACUGGGACCAUCUCCGUGACAGCGCGCCCCCCUUUACCCCAGAUUUCGAGGGUGCUACUGACACCUGCAACUUCGAUGUGGUGGAGGAUGGGCUCACUGCCAUGGUGAGCGGGGGCGGGGAGACGCUGUCAGACAUGCCGGAGGGAAUGCCGCUGGGGGUCCACCUGCCUUUUGUGGGCUACUCCUACUCCUGCAUAGCCCUCAGGGACAGUGAGGUCCCAGGCCCCACCCCCAUGGAACUGGAGGCUGAGGAACCGCCUGAGCUGCAUGUGCAAGAGCCCAGCCUGGAGCCCCCAGCGGCCCCAGCAGAAGAAACAGCUGAGGUGGCUGUUCCAGCUGCUAUGCCAGUGGCAGCGGGGGAGGCCAAGGGUGAAACUGAGGCGACACUGCGGGAGCUCCACGAGGCCCUGGAAGAGGAGGUGCUCACCAGGCAGAGCCUGAGCCGGGAGCUGGAGGCCAUCCGCACCGCCAACCAGAACUUUGCCAGUCAACUGCGCGAGGCCGAGGACCGCAACCGAGUCCUGGAGGCGCACGUGCAACAGCUGAAGGAGCGGAUGGGAGUCCGUGCGGCAACACGGGUGCAGGCGACUGUCACUGGGGUCCCCAGUCCCCGGGCCACGGAUCCACCUUCCCAUCUAGAUGGCCCCCCGGCCGUGGCUCUGGGCCAGUGCCCGCUGGUGGGGCCAGGGCCCCUGCACCGCCGCCACCUGCUGCUCUCUGCCAGGGUCCCUAGGCCUGGCCUAUCGGAGGCGCGUUCCCUGCUCCUGUUCUCCGCUGCUCUGGCUCGUGCCACCGCCCUGGGCUGCGCUGGGUUGGUGGCCCGCGCCGGCCAUCCCGCUCCGGUCUGGCGUCACUCAGGAGCCACCUUCACCCCCUGAACCCUAGAACCCCUAGAGCCUGUGUACUCGGGUCCCGUUGGAUGGUUGGCGCUCCGGGCAAGGCUCGGAACCCGGUCUCUCCGUCUGCUGGGUG